AUGGAAGAAGAAAAGAGUGACAUAUCAGGUGUUUCUGAUAGCAAGAAUUCCAGCCCUAUUGCUAUAAGGAAAAAGCGCAAAAGAAAAGCUGAAAUCCGGUCAACUUUUCCACCAACAAGAUUCAAAGGCGUGGUUUUCCAACCAAGUGGGCAUUGGGAUGCACAGAUCUAUUAUGCUUAUGAACGCAUUUGGUUAGGAACCUUCAAAUCCCAUGUUGAAGCUGCAAUGGCUUAUGACAGUGCCGCCAUUAAACUCCAUGGAGAAAAUUCCCAGAGAAACUUCCUAUGGACAAGCAUCACCAUCCAAGAGCCAGUUUUCCAAAGCCAUUUUAGUACCUCUCAAAUGUUGGCUAUGAUCAAAGACGGGUUGGUGUCCUCCAAGAAAUUGUUCCUGAAGAAGCUUACUCUUAGUGAUGUCGGGCAAUUGAAUCGCUUAGUCAUCCCGAAAAGAUGUGCAAUGAGGCACUUCCCUCAAAUUUCGAAAAGUUUGAUUGAAAAGGAACAUAAUGGUAUGGUGGAUGACGUAGAAUUGGAAUUUCUUGAUGGUUCAAUGAGGUCAUGGAAGUUUAGGUAUUGUUAUUGGAAGAGUAGCCAAAGUUUUGUGUUUUCUAGGAGAUGGAAUAAGUUUGUUAGGUACAAAGGGUUAAGAGGAAAUGACAUGGUCAUUUUUUCACAAGGUGAGUACAAAGAUGCUUAUUCAAAUGAGAUGCAUUCCAUAUUCAUGAUUGAUGCUAGCUAUCAUCAUGAUAAUGAUCAGCUUGAUGUUGGGGGAGAUUCAGAAUCGAAAUCAACCAGCCGGCCAGAAGAAGAAUCCGAUGAUGGUGAUGAUCUUAUUCCUGAGGUUAUGCUACCAACUUUUCGUUUGAGUGCCAUUGAGAAGUUGGCCAAAUGGGAGGAAAGUCUUUCAAUCCAAGGCUCUUGCGAUUUAAAUGUUCGGACCUUGAUUUUACUUGGUAAUAAUCCUUUUGUUUGGAGUGGACCAAAACCUGUGAUGAUCAUCAAUGAUCCUAAACUUAUGAAGGAGAUACUUCUUAAACCCAAUCUCUUUCCAAAGUCCAAUUCUAAUCCACUCAACAAAUAUUUGGCCCAAGGCUUAUUUACAGCUGAGGGAGACAAAUGGACUAAGCAUAGAAAAUUGAUGAAUCCUGCUUUCCAUGUAGAGAAGAUCAAAGUUUAUGUUACCAGCUUUUCGAUUGAAUGCCGAGGAAUGUUGGCCAAAUGGGAGAAAGCUCUUUCACCUCAAGGAAGUUACGAGUUAGAUGUUUGGCCUUCCUUUCAAACUUUAACUAGUGAUGUAAUUUCUCGCACCACCUUUGGUAGUAGUAAUUUUAAAGAAGGUGGAAACAUAUCUGAUCUACAAAGAGAGCAUGCUGACCAUUUUAUGGAAAUUGUUCAAUCCUUAUACCUCCCAGGAUUGAGGUUUUUGCCAACUAAGAGAAACCGAAGAAUGAAAGAGAUUAAUAGAGUCGUUAAAAUAAAAACCAAAGAAAUCAUUGAUAGGAGAAUCAUAGCAUCAAAACUAGAGGAGAAGAACAAAGAUGAGGACUUAUUAGGCAUUUUGAAUCAAGAGUUCGGUUUGAGCAUUGAAGAUGUUAUUGAAGAAUGUAGACUCUUUUAUUUUGCUGGGCAAGAAACAACUUCUACAUUGCUUGUAUGGACUUUGAUUCUACUCAGCAAGCAUCGAGAUUGGCAGUCACGCGCGAGAGAGGAGGUUUUGCAAAUUUUUGGGACGAAAGAAAUACAUAUGGACGGCCUUAAUCAGCUUAAAGUUGUGACUAUGAUCUUGAAUGAGGUUCUAAGGCUAUAUCCAUCAGCACCCGUACUUUUCAGAAGAACUCAUGAAGAAACAAAAUUAGGAAAGUUUAACCUUCCAUCUGGGGUGCUUUUGGCACUGCAGAUAUUAAUCUUACAUCAUGAUCCCGAAAUAUGGGGCGACGAUGCUAAAGAGUUCAAGCCAGAGAGAUUCAAGAAUAGGGUUUCAAAUGCAACAACAAAAGAAGCAAAACUCGGGAGAAUUUUUUUUUUUUUUUUGUGGGAGCUCAACCGAGCAUUUCAUAGAGAAAAUUUUCCUUUGUUAUUAUUAUCCUCCUGGCGUAUUUUAACAAACUCGAAAAAUUUCCUUCUCGUAUUCUUGCCUUCUUAUUUUUCAGGAAAAAUUCCGUUCAACCUUCAAACCAUCAAGAACUACGGUAAAAAUUCCUUUAUUUGGCUAGGGCCAAAACCUAUAAUUAUCAUCAACCAACCUGAACUUGUGAAGGAGAUCUUUCAAAAGCCUAACAUAUUCCAAAAGGGUUCUCGUACCAUUAAUCCACUCAAUAAACUGUUGGUUGGCCUAUUUGAAGCCGAGGGAGAUAAGUGGGUCAAACACAGAAAGCUAAUCAAUCCGGUUUUCCAUAUGGAGAAGAUUAAGCUGAUGCUGCCAGCUUUUCGGCUUUGUGCCAAUGAGAUGUUGGCGAAAUGGGAAGAAAUUAUUUCACCCCAAGGAUCUUGUGAUUCAGAUGUUUGGCCUUUCCUCCAAAUUUUGACGAGUGAUGCUAUAUCUCACACUGCAUUUGGUUGCGAUUAUGAAGAUGGGAAAAAGAUAUUUCAACUCCAAAAAGAACUUGCAGAUAAUUUUAUGACAAGUUAUCAAUCCUUGAAUUUCCCUGGAUCAAGGUUUUUGCCAACCAAGAAAAACAGAAGAGCAAAUGAGAUUGAGAAGAUAGUUCAAAAGAAAAUCAAAGAUAUUAUUGACAAGAGAAUGAAAACAACACGAUUGGGAGACGACUACGACAAGAAUGACUUAUUAGGCAUAUUAUUAGAGUCCAAUGCUAGAGAGAUUGAACAACAAGGAGGAAAACAAAAGUUUGGCUUGAGCAUUGAAGAUGUCAUUGAAGAAUGCAAACUCUUCUACUUUGCUGGGCAAGAGACAACUUCAACGUUGCUUGUGUGGACUAUGAUUUUACUUAGCAAGCAUCAAGAUUGGCAAUCACGAGCUAGGGAUGAGGUUUUGCAAGUUUUUGGGAAGAAUGAAAUUGACUUUGAUGGCCUUAAUCAGCUCAAAGUGGUGACAAUGAUCUUGAAUGAGGUUCUAAGAUUGUAUCCAUCAGCUCCAAUAAUUACUCGAGUUACAAAUAAAGAAACAAAAUUAGGAGAGUUUAAUCUUCCAGCCAGGACGGUUCUGUCGCUACAACUAUUGAUGUUACAUCGCAACGAUGAAAUAUGGGGUAACGACGCUAAAGAGUUCAACCCUGACAGAUUCAAAGAAGGGAUUUCAAAUGCAGUUACAAAGGAAGAAGCUCAUCAAUUGGUAGCAUUUUUACCAUUUGGAUGGGGGCCUCGUAUAUGCAUUGGACAGAAUUUUGCUAUGGUGGAAGCGAAAAUGGCUCUUGCAAUGAUUCUACGACGGUUUUCCUUUCAACUUUCGCCAUCUUACACACAUGCACCUCAUAUGCUAAUUACACUACAACCUCAGCUUGGUGCCAAUCUAAUUUUGCACAAACUCUAA